AUGAAAGGGACAGCCCCCUGCUACUCCUUGGAAGUUGGGGGGGGGGCGUCCAAAACCCGAGUUCCACCUGGUUUGGCCCCGAGUGACGCCCGCCCGCGUGCCCGGGAGUGGCGAGCGAGCCCGACGGCGCGGACGCGCUGGGGCCGGCCGCUCCGUUACGGGUCAGCUGGCCGCGCGGCGCAGGGCCGGCCGGGCCGGGCCAAAGGCCGCCUCGGGGACGCGCCGCGACGGCCGGCGCCUCCGCCAGGCGGCUUUGCUCUCUCGCGGGAGGGCGAGACGCCGCCGGGCGCCGGCAGCCCCGGGCAGGGAUCAUGGAGCCCCCCUCCGACGGAAGAGAGGCCCCCCGCGGCGGCGCCCCUGCGGACGGACAGGCCCCCCGCCGCCCGGCCCAAGCCCAAGCCCAGCUCCCGGCGGGCAGCCGCAGGACCCAGCCGAAGGGCUCCUCCCCAAAGGCAAGCCUCCCUCUUUUGCAACCACCACGUCGUACAGUUCUGGGUCCUGUCUCUGAAGCUCACCUUGAGGAAACAUAAAACCGGACUUCCUGAUGCCCAGCUGCAGGGAUAUCUGAGGGAACGGCUCCGUCUUCUGGAGAGUGAUGACAGUAAAGCGAGGACCAUGUUCAGCGAGCUGUCGGCCCGGCUCUUGUCCAUUGAUAGUGAGGACUACUUGAUAGUGGUGACAUUCUGGACCUUUGAAGAAAUCUGGAAGUUUGAAACUUAUUAUUCCCUAGGGUUUUUAAAGCAUUGCAUGGAGAAUCUGUUGCUUGAUGACCAUUUCUGGCUUUUUACGCAAGAGGAGGAGGAAGCAGCUGGAAUUGAUGUCCAUUUAGAUGAAGAAUGCCUGGAUAUGAUAUAUAGGGAUCUUCUAAUUCAAGAGGGGGCCUUCUUUGUAUUUCAUCCUGAAAACUUUAUAAGUGAGAGAAGAGCUUCAGAUUCCGGAGGUAAAGUUUACCGGCUGAGCUGGGCCGCUGCGGAGAGAGCUUCUCAGGCAGCUGAGUGGGAUGCCCUCUCGAGGGGUCUUUCAAAGCCCUUGGCUCCGUUUCAUCAAUGGUUUCUUAAAGCAAACACAGACCCUGCUGAUUUUGCCGGAGAAUCCCUGCUUACUGGCCACGGUAAAAUCGGUCCGGGUGAUGUGGCUGUAGGAUCUUCAGUAGCAAUUGCCAGCCACACAAGUUCUGCACCAGAGGAAAUUGGCUUCCAGGAAGGAGACAGAAUUGAAAUUAUUGGCUGCUUCAUGAAAAGCAUGCGGUGGUUUGUGGGCAGAAAGGUUCCUAUGGGCCGAAUUGGUUUUGUGCUGAGCACUCACGUUCAGCCGGACGCCUUCAAUGAAUCACUGUGCCAGACUUGCUUUGAAGAUGAGCUUCCUUUUUCCCCCAAAGAAAAAGCCCUUUCUGAAGAAAGCCUGAUAAAACUCUUGAAACAAACAUUGCAUGAAGAUGUUUGUAAUGUGUACCAAAUAGAUGGACAAGAAGAUUCUGAAUUUGAACAAUCCAUCAAGCAAGGGGCGUCAUGUUUGUCUCUUAACGCAAACUCCUGCACGAUGAAAUACAAGGUGGAACAGUUGCUAAGGAGAGCAGCAGACUUGUCUGGGGAGGGGAGAGCUGAAGAGAAGGAGCUGCUCUCUGCCCCGGAUGCCGAGGUGCCUGCAGUCCCACAGCAGCUGCCCUUCUGGGUGGGCCAAGAUGCUAAAACUUGCCAGCCAGAAGCCUCUGAUUCAUUGCUGCUGUUUCUGAACCGAAAGGGGUUUGAGACCAGCUUCAAAAACCUGUAUGACCAUUCACUUUCCUUCCUCCAGACUUUGUUUCAUGGCUAUGCCAGUGAGGAAGACCUGACCGAAUACUUUGGCUUGGUGAGGGAAGCGGCCAAGCGAGCCGGGCUGCCAUGGGCCCUGGCAAGGCUGUGCUAUCUCUUGGGGAGGAUGAGCCUCCGGAAGUUCAAACUGUCACAAGCUCGAGUUUACUUUGAAGAAGCUUUGGGGACUCUAAAAGGAGACUUUGCAGACCUCUAUCUUGUCACUACUCUUUAUGCAAACCUGACCGGGAUCUACCUGAUGCAGAAGAACAAAGACAAAUGUGCUUGCAUUUUAGACAAGGCUGCUGCUUUGCUCAUGGGAGUUCCCAACUAUAUCAGCAGCACAGCCGCGGAGGCAAAGAUUCUGAAGUACGCUUUAAAGAGGGCCGUGCUCAGCCACAGCAGGAGUGCAGAAGCCAGGGUCUGCUUCCUGCUAGCCAAGCACUAUCUGACCUUUAAGCAAGGGGAAGAAGCUCUGCCCUUCCUGGAACGGUUGCAGCUUCUGAAUCAAGACAUGGGCUGCCAGGAGAGCUCCUUGUCGAUGGACGGCUAUUUUAAACUUGGCCAGCUCUAUGGUCAGAAACGUUUGCCCCACCUGGUGCUCGGCUGCGUCCAGAGUGCCUCCUCUUGCAGCUCAGGGACUUUGCCGGAGACUUUCAGAAGCAUCGAUCUAGUAUUAAAAAAUGGUCCCCCAACUGGGAGGAAAAUGCCCCCCUCCCAAAUUGCGCUUUUCCUUAGGCGGAUGCUCCCCUUGCUAGAGAGCAGCAACAAGCACGGGAAAUUGCGUGGCGUCAUUUGCUGCAGCCUCUCUAGACUCUGCAGCCAUCACAAGCUGUACAGGAAAGCCAUCGAUUACAUGGAGAAGGUACUGGACAAAAAUGUGCCGGCGAGCACCGAAGAAAUGGUCGCCCACUUGGUUUUUCUCAGUUGGUUAUACAUUCUCCACAGGCAAAACGUGGUCGCUGUGGAUAUUUUGAAAGCCAUAAUUGAGUCUUCGCAGAGCAGCUGUCAGCAGUUGGGCGUUGCGCAUAACAUGCUGGCCAUUGCUUUGAAACGGCUGCACGACACCAAGCAAGCCGUGGCAAGCUACUCCACAGCCCUUCGCGUUGCACAAGAGACGGGUAUGAUCCAGAAUCAGGCAGUUGCUUUGGCCAACUUGGGGAUCCUCUGUCGGCACUCAGCUGCCGGAAGUCUUGGGCGACACUUCUUGCUGAAAGCAGUCAGGGUGUUCUUUGAACUGCCAAGUGUUGAGUGGGGCAGAGAUUUUAUAGAAGUCCUCCUCAGGCUGGGUUGCUGCUAUGCUAAUGGCGAGUGUAAAGAAGAAGCAAGGUGUUGUUAUGAAUGGGCGUUUUUGGUGGCAAUGGAAACAGACCAUUUGGAAGGGCAGUUCCAGGCCGUUCAGCAUCUGUGCCAAUUCUACAGUGCAGUUCUUCCAGAUGAAGUUCAGUGUGUCUUUUACAAUGAGUACCAGCUUUCCUUACUUAGGAAAAUGCCUAACAAAGUCAUGGAAGGGCAGGUACUGGAAACCAUCAGUCAGCUGUACCUGUCUCUAGGCACUGAGAGGGCCUACAGAUCCGCCCUGGAGUACACCAAACGAAGCCUCGGACUGUUCAUUGACCUCCAGGCCAAAGCCAAGGAAGCACGCGCCUGGCUUCAGGCGGGGAAAAUAUAUUACAUGUUGCGGCAGAAUGAGCUAGUAGAUCUUUAUAUUCAGGUUGCCCAAAAUGCUGCAGUCUGCACUCAGGAUCCUAACUUAGAAAUGGAUUUAUUUGAAGCUUCUGGAGACAUAUUUUUUAAUGGAGACUGGGAUAAGGGAAAAGCAUUAUCCUUCUACAAGGACAAGGCUCUACCACUUGCUAUUAAGACCCGAAACAGAAAUGCUGAGCUCCGCCUUUGCAACAAACUGGUGGGGUUGCUGUUAACGUUAAAGGCAUACGAGGAAUGUUUGGGAUACGCACAAGCAUCGCUAACGCUCAGUGUUGAUUUAGGGAUGCAGUUAAAUGAAAGAGUGGCAUAUCACCGCCUGGCUGUCGUCCAUCAUCAUCUGGGGCACAGCGAGCUUGCCGAGCACUUCUACUUGAAAGCUCUGUCUCUCUGCCCUUCCCCUCUGGAAUAUGAUGAGGAAGCGCUGUACUACGCCCAGGUCUACCUUGUUCUAGGAGACAUAAUUUUCUAUGAACUGAAGGAUCCUUUUGAUGCCUCUGGGUACUACAACUUGGCUCUUGCAGCAGCCAUGGAACUGGGCAACAAGAAAGCGCAGCUGAAGAUUUACACCAGGCUAGCAAUAAUAUACCACAACUUCCUGGUGGACCGAGAGGUCUCUCUUUCUUACUAUCAGAAGGCCAGAGCCUUUGCAACAGAGCUGAACAUUCACAGAAUUAAUCUGGCCCCUAAUCAAUGUCAUACGAGAGCCGCAUGGGCGCUAGUGAAGAAUGUCAAGUGAGAUUCUGACAAUACA